UGUAUUAGUGAUUAAUCUAUUAUGAUUUAUUAAUUAAUAUUAUCUAUAGCCCUGCCAGGGACUCUGGUUAUAUCUGAUAUCUGUGCCAAAUCAUUUUGUGUUAUCUAUUUUAAUAUUUGUAAAUUUUAAUUUGUGAUAAGCCGAUUUCACAGAAUAUUUUUUUGCACAGUUAUUUUUUCAAUCACUGAUCUGUCUUAUUAAGAACAUAGUUGUAGCACAGAAUAGAUUAAAUAGAUUGAUCUAUUCUGUGGUUGUAAAUUAAUUUCACUAUGGCUGCUCCUAUGGAACGUAUUCAAGCCCUUGAAUUAAUCGAAAAAGAUAUUAUAACAUGUCUACAAAGUGCUGGUCAAGCAUUAUUGGAGUUGAGCAAAGAAAAGUCCAGUUUGAAACAAGUGGAAAAUCAGUCACAUCUGUUCUUAAAGAGUUUGGGUAACGUUGAGUCAAAACUCACUGAACAAAUAAACUACCUGACUCAAGUAUCUACUGGUCAACCCUAUGAAAAUAGUGGAUAUGCAUCUCAAAAAGUUCUCCAAAUGGCUUGGCACCGUCUAGAACAUACAAGAAGUAGGGUAAAAGAUUUGGAACGCUCCAAAAAUAAAUAUCUUCAAGAUCAAGAACAAUUGAAAGGAAAUGUCUCAAAUCUAUUGUAAUUUGUACUUUUAACAAUAAUUUUAAAUAAGAUUAAUGAAUCAUAAAAUUAAAAAUUAUGUGUUCUUAUACAGUUUCUAACAUAAUAACAAUCUACAGACACAUUGGUUAGUUCUUAAGAGUAAAGAAUGGCAAAUUCAUUUUAUUUUUAUUUUCAAGUCUGGUUAUAAAGUGUCAGUAAAUAAUAAUUAAAUGUAAUUUUAUGUCACAAGUAUUAGUAAGUUUGUCGAAUAAUAAUAUAAAUAAAAUUAUUUACAAUUUUGAAUUAAGUACUGUAAAUGUAAUAAUAUAAAUUAGGAAUGAACUUCAUGACAUCAUCAAAAAUUUGCUAUUGAAUUAAAACUAUAUUCUAUAAAUUUGAGCA